CCUAUAAGUAAACGAAAGUGAACAAUCGAACGAACAAACGUGUUUGUCAUAAGACUACAUGCUCGUGUGUACACAGCUACUGCUGCAUGUUGUUGCCGUCUUGGAACAUUUUCCCUGGAAAGAAAAGAAAAGGGAAAAUUCACCAUGGCUUUGGCAGCUCCUUUCGAUGUGAUAGACUCACUGAACAAAGAAUUUGAAUGCUCCGUGUGCAUGGACAGGCUUCGAAAUGCAAGAUGUCUCUUUUGCCAGCACACAUUUUGCUUCGACUGCUUGGAAAGUUGCGUGCAGUCGGGCCGCGAAGCAGCGAGCGUGAUCACUUGCCCUGUGUGCCGAGUAGUGACCCGUCUACCUCGGGAAGGAGUGGCGGGACUGAAGGGCAAUGCGCUCAUCAACAGUGUCCUAGGAAAACUGGAAGAGUGGGACAAAACCAAGAAUCAUGGCCCAAAUUCUAAAGGAGAUUCUAAGGGGCAAGGAUCCAAGCCAUGCGAAUCUUGUAAGAAGCCCCGGACGGAUGCCAAGUACUUUUGCCAUGACUGCAAGAAGCAUCUCUGCCUGGAGUGUGUUCAGGGUCGGAAGCAUCAUUCCCAUCAAAAAACUGUGUCUGGACCUGAUGCUGAUCAGAACUGUAAAGUACAUUGCUGGGUUCCUGCCAAGUUAUUCUGCGUUGAGUGUGUUAAGCUGUGCUGUCAUCUUUGCAACCAUCGUGCAAACACCAUAAUUCCUUUGCAGAGGAAGGCAUCUACUGUCCGAACCCUGAUGCAGGGGCUAGUCGACCAAUGCAGCAAUAAGAGCAUUGGAAUUCAGACGACUCACCAUAAAGUCAACAUGAAUAGAGAGAAUACUGUGGAUAUUCUCCAGAAACUGAUUGUGGAGAUCCGUCAAAAAGCAGAGAAGGUGAUUUCGAAGGUAAAGGGUAAAGAAGAGGAGCUUAUGCAGUAUCUUGAAGGGGUUAUGAGAGAGGUGGAGGAAGAUAUGGAAGAAAAACAGAACAAGUGUUCCAAUCUGGAGGAUGGACUACAAGCCGCCGUGACAGAAUGGCAAACUCUGCAGGAAUCCUCUAGUGAUGCAGAGAUGGUGAGGAAACAUGGAAGUAUAGAGAAGAAGAUGAAGGAUCUCCUGAAGGCCAGAGAUGUGACUCCUAGCUCGUCGCUCAUCAUAGCCUUGAAGAAUCCUGGCUUGCAGUUCAUCCCAGGCAAGCUAUACCUAGAGGCAUCAUGCAGUGGCAGUGAGCUUGGAGAAUUGGAAGUGAGACCAUACUGGGAACUUUCCCACAGUGUUGAUGCCACGUAUGAUUCUGUAUCGCAGCUGAUGUACAUGAAGGAUGGCACACUGCUUAUUGCCGAUACUUGGAAUGGAAUCGAUGCUGUCUCUCCUCAUCACUCUUCAGACAUCACCACCCUUGUGGCUGGUACAAUCGUUCGAGACUUGACUGUGCUUGCUGGCAGCACCAUAGUGUACCAGAAUAAUGAAAAGGAAAUCUUCAAAAUUGUAGACAACUCAAGCAACAUAAUGCAUGGAUUUGGUGGCAAGUGGGUCUCUGUUACUUGUUGCCCAAGUGAAGGGCAAGACCUGAUAGUGGUAGCUGACCAGAAUUUCCAUGAUCAAGACAUCUCGUUCAUGGACACCGAAGGCAACCUGGUGAAUACUCUUGCCACGUCCUACAUCAGCGGUGUUCGCUACCUGCGAUUUGAUAAGAGUCAGAAUGCCAUCUUCAUUAACCCUGAUCGAAGGGGUGUACGCUGUCAGAGGCUACGUUCUGAUGGAGUCCAAAAGUUUGUAAUCGCAGAGGAAAACACCCUCUAUCUGGCCGUGGCAUGUCACCAAAGUGACUUUCUGUAUGUUGCCUCUCAAAAGGCUUCUGUCCCAAAUGUUGUCAUGAUCAAGAAGCAUUCUCUUGAGGACGGAGGUCUACUCCAGACACUGCAAGCCAACCUGCAAGUCCCGAACUCUUUCCGUAUGGUGAUGGCUAACUGGAAAGACAAGGUCCUUGCAUAUGUGGAAGGAAGCCAAGUUGUUAUAAUUGUGGCUGAAACAGAUGCUAAUGCAUCUACAGUUCUGCAGCUCUAAUGCAGACCUUUUUGUAUACCAGGUGUUAGGAACUGUUUAUAUCUGAUUUCUUUAAAGUGCCUCAUAUUUUCAGUUAUCAGUCUGUAAGUAUUUUAAAUUUCCAAAAAUUACAAUUAAGGGCAAUUCCACGGUAACGGAAGGACACUCAGACAAGAUUUUUGAACUUCAGGUUCAUACUAAAAGAAAU